AUGUCCCGGGCGGAGGAGCGCGAGGAGGCGGACUGUGUGUGCUCAGUGGGGAUGAAGUUCACGUGGGACAUUAACGAUCCCAAACUCCCACAGGUGAGACACGAACCUGUCCGUGAUGUUUGAGGAGUUAUCCAAUCAGAGGGCGGUCUAAAUCAGCCACGAACUGACCCCGAACUAAACCCGAACCAACCCCGAACUAAACCUGAACUAAACCCGAACCAACCCCGAACUAAACCCGAACUAAACCCGAACCUACACCGAACUUAACCCGAGCAAACCAAUCUUAUCAAACAGAGAGAAAAUCCACCGAGUCUAGAUCAGACUGACAAACUAUCAAAUAAUAAUAAUAAUAAUUAUAAUAAUAAUAAUAGUAAUCAUCAUCAUCAUCACCAUCAUCAUCAUCAUCAUAUUUUAGUGAAAAUUUUAAGGUCUGUCUUAAAUCCUCAGAAAUCUAAACGAGGUUUGGUCCUGGUUAACAUCAUAAGACAGACUAAAUGAAAAUAUUAAAACAAAAAUCAAAUAAAACAUCGUGGAAUUAACCGUGUGAUCUCUUAAAUAGAGUAAAAACUGAAAAGGGUUUGGUCUGAGCCUUUAAAAUAACUCAAAAAGAAUAAAAUGGCAGCUUUAGUGUGGAUGUGCCGUUUAAUCAUGUCUAAAAAUACACAAAAUCUGACAGGGAUUUGGUUUGAUUUAAUUUAAACAUGUUUAGAAGAAAUUUAUGAAAUGAAGCUCUUCGUGUUUUAUUUUAUUUUUUACUUAAGUAUUUUAAAGUGUUUCAUUUCACCAGAUAAGCAUCGAUUCUUGACUUAAAAACACGUGUUGUGUGUUUUUUAUCAUUAUUUCAUCAACUGCAUGACAACGAACUGAUCAGGUUUGGUCUCCAAUUACAGAAAAUUGAUCUUAACAGUAAAUUAAACUCGAUCUGAGCAGCUUUUAAAUACCAGGUCCAAAUACGAAUUAUCAGAUAAGUUUAUUAAAAUAAGAUUAAAUCGUGUUUUAAGAUACUUAUCUAUCUUGACUCGUUACAAUCAAUGAAAUCCUUAUUCUCCAAAAAACACGUGUCCUGUCUGCAGGGACCGUCAACAAAGUGCAACACGGACAGAAAAUGCUGCAAAAAAAUAUCAAAUAAAUCACUUCAUACACAAUAAUUCUGUUUUUUAAAUCUCAAUAAUAAGUUUAGGAAAAUAUGCUUUUACACAUUUAGGAGUCAUGUUUUAAUUCUACUGAAAAUGUAAAAUGUAGUUUUGUUUAUUUGUGUGGAGCUCUGCAGAGGAUGUGAUUUCUUAAAUGCUACAAAAAGUGACUGAGGUUUGGUUGAAAAAUAAUCAAAGUAAUAAUGAUUAAAGAAAACAAAUAAACUGAUGAUUAAAAAAUAUUGAGAAGGUGAUGUAAAGACGAUAAGAGUAAAAAAUGAAGUAAGUUUGGUUUGAAGAGGAAGGAUGAACAGAAAAGGUUUGAACUGAUUUUAAAGAGAUGAAAAUAUUGAAAGAAAAAUACGACAAACUGUAAAUGGAGUAAAAUCAGAGCAGGGUUGUUCUGAUUUAACUUAGAGAUUAAUUAAAAUAAAUGAGCCAAAUCAAGUGACCGAAUUAAAGGAGGAUGUUUAAUGUUUUUCAAAGGACAUAAAAUUAUACAAACAUUUUAAAGAAACUUCAGAUCUGCUUUGGUUUUAUUAAAUGUGUAAAAAAGUGAAUGAGGUUUGGUUUCAUCUGACGAGGAGUGAAACAUUUUAUGAUAUUUUUAUUAUUUAUUGUUAUUGAUAAAGGGAUGAUGGUUGAGUCUGCCGCUGUGAUCCUGACGUCCUCGUGUUUCAUAAAAUCAUUUCAAUAAAUCUGAUUUCUUUAAAGUGACGAGACUUAAAAACUCAGAGGAGUCUGUAAACUGUUCAAAGGUUUUUAUUCUUUAUUAAUAAACAUUUUUACAGAAGCUCAUGAACGUAAAGAGAAAAUCAGAUUUUAAAAUUCAUCCAAUGUUUUUAUUUCUGUCUGAAUAAAGAAACCAAAGACAUAAAAACAGGUUUAUUUUCAGCUGACAGUAAAAACACAGUUAGAGACGAACUGAACAUGUUAAAUUCUGUCAUUAAUAAAGAUAAAAAUAAUGUGUGGAAAUAAUGUUUUGUAAAAAAAAAAAAAAAGCUUUUAUCAUUAACAUGAAAAUUAAAUUAAAAUUUAAUUAAAAUCAUGUUUUAUUUUUAUUUAAAUAAAAUCUGUUUGUUUUUAAAGGUCAGUUUGAUAUAAAAACAGAUUAUUUAGAUUCUGAUUAAAAACAUUUUUGAGAAACAACCGAUCAGAAAUCUGAUUUCAGGAUUUAAUUUCUCUGAUCUGAUGUUUUAUUUAAUAAAAUAAGUUUCUUCUUUUUUAUGUCUUUCAUUCAUAUUCAGCUGAUUUUCAGGUCAAUUUAUCUUCUCUGCUGUAAAUUCAUUUAAAUCACUAAGAGUUAAUCAUGUCAAAUGAAUAAUUUUACAUUUAUUUCAUGAUUUUAUUAACAGAAAACACAAAUGUCUCUAUUUAUUUACUCUAAAACAUUAAAAUCUGAUUAUCUGAUAAACAAACAGAUAAAAAGUCUCAAUCAAACGUUGUCAUUUAAACUUAAUUGACUUCAAUCACUUUUUACUCAAAGACAAGAACAAAUUAAACAUAUAAAAUAAAUAAUAAUGUAGGAGAUUCAACAGACGCUGACGUUAAGACCCCUGACUGCAGUAAAACAGAAGCUUUAUUUACACAUGACGUUUGUGCCGUUCAUUGUAUUCAUGGUUGACGUUAAGAAAAUAUUAAUGUUUAUUUUUAUUAAUAAAAUUCUCAGUUAAAUUCACCACUCUAAAAUAAGAGGGUGUGUUUGUUUUUAUGUGUUUCUAAACUCCGUUUGACACGGUUCAGUCCGGAGGAGCAGCCUGUCGAAGUCCAAAAAAAGGAAAAAAAGACAGAAAAGAGGAAAAAAAACUUCAGUUUAUCAUCGAUUUUUAUCUUCCUGUCAGAAACGAUCAACCAUCAGACAAUAAAACUGAUUAUUUUUGACAUAAAUUAAAACUACGACUCUCUGCUGAGUCUGUUUGAUCAAAACCUCAGAACAAGACAUGAAGAUGGAUCAAUAAAAACGAACCAAAGACAUCGCUUCUUAAAGAGUUUAAAACAUCAGAUUUUAAAUGUCGUUUGUAUCUAAUCAAUAAAUCUGUCACUGACUCCUAACCCGCUCAUCUCACCCUUCAGUCCCAUCGUUUUAGAUAUCACAUUUUUAUUCUGAUUAAAGAGGUUAAAAUAAAACUGACCUGUUUUUACUUUGACUGACGAUCAUGUUUUCCUGUUAAUUGAUUUCAUGACCUUUGACCUGUUCAAAUGUCCUUUGAUACGUUUCUUCUCAAUAAUCAAUCAGUAACUUUACAGCGUGUAGAAUACGGCAGCAUGUCUCCGCAGAGUCACGGCGUGGUUUCAGGAGGUGAGGCGGGAAAGUUUUCUCAUGCACAGCCUCAAAUCUGAUCAAUGAACAGGAAUCAUCAAUAAUCUGAUCAGCUGAUCAGUUUCUGCACAGACGUGAUAAUCAUUGAUUAAAAAUAAACUCUGCUGAGUCCGACCACGAGAGGAGUUUCUGUCCUGAAGAUGAUUCUGGUUCAUCCUCAGAGCAUCAGAGCGAGAGCAGACGUGACGAGGCGAACGUCAGAGUUUGAUCUGAGAGGAUCUGUGAUCGAUUAGAUGUAUCUGUGAUCGAUUAGAUGUAUCUGUGAUUGAUUAGAUGUAUCUGUGAUUGAUUAGAUGGAUCUGUGAUCAAUUAGUUAUCAUCGACAGCUGCUGAUUUUGUUCACAUUUACACAAUAUUUCAGUGAAGUAGCUGACCUGAUAUAGACCCACAGGACUGAAGGUCAUCUGAAGGGUGUGUGUGUGUGUGUGUGUGUGUGUAUGUGUCUGUGAGUGUGAGUGUGAGUGUGAGUGUGUGUGUCUGUGUGUGUGUGUGUGUGUGUGUGUGCUGACUGCGCUCUCUCUCUGUUUUUGGUUAAACAGUAAAAACUGUUUUUUUUAUUGUUGUUGUUUUCAGUGACACACAGAGUGAACCGAUCAGCUGAUUAAUAUCAGUGAUUGAUUGGUCUCACACACACUGUUAAAUCUGUAAAUUCUGUUUUUUUUCUUUCUCUCCUUUCUCUCUUUCCUUCUCUUCGUCUGUCUGUCUUUCUUUCUUUCUUUUUUCCUUCCUUUCAUCCUUUCCUUUUUUCUUUUAUGUUUCCUUCUUUCCUUCUCUUCCUUUCCUCCUUCCUUACCUUCUUUUCUUUCAUGUCUUCUAUCCUUCUCUCUUUUCCUCCUUCCCAUCCCAUUCUUCUUCUUCCUUUCCUUCAUUUACUCUCUCUCUUUUCCUCCAUCAUUUUCUUUUUCCUUUUCUUUUCUUCUUUUUUCUGCUUUUCUCCAUCCCUUUCUUUCAUCCUCCUAUCAGCCUUUCAUUUGUUUUAUUCUCUCACUUGUUCCCUUAUUUAUCUUUCCUUCUUUCUUUCUUUCUUUCUUUCAUCCUCCUAUCCUUCUUUCCUUAUUCCUCCGUUCCUUUUUUCAUUCUCUCCCUCUUUCUUUCUCCCUUUCCUUUAUCUAUCCCUCUCUACUUUUUACUCCUUUUCUUCCUUUUUUCUACUUUCUUUCUAUCUUCCUUCUUUCCUUUUCAUCCUUAUAUGUUUCCUUCAUCUUUCCUUCCUUCCUUCCAGCUUUUCUUCUUUAUUCUUUCUCUUUUAUUCCUUCCCCCUUUUCACGUCUUUCUUUCCUCUUUUCCUUCUUCUUGUGUCCUCCUUUCCUUCUCUAAUUCUUCCUCUCUCUUCCUCUCUUUCCCUCCCUCUCUCAGUCUUGGAUGAAAUUACUUCGUUAAUUCAUCAGCUUGUAUUUUCUUUGUGUUGACUUUUCUUCCACCUGCAGACAUUUGUUGUUGUUUUUUUUGCGUACAGGUAACGCUCACAUAAACGCUCCUGUGUGGGUUUAAUAAACUUUAAUUAUUGUUUGUCGUUGUCUGUCUUUCUGGUUGAGUUCAGCUUCACGGUGAAUAAAAACCUUUAAAGAUGUUAAAUUUGAACCUCCUUCAUUUUUACCCACUGAUGAUAAUUUCAGCUCGACCACGGCUGAUGAAACACUUAAAUAAACUCAUCAGAUCAAUACAAAGUCAAUUCAAACUCUUGAAUUAAAAACAAAAUAUAUUUGAAAAUAAAAAUAUAGUUUAGUCUCUUUAACUCAUAACUCGUCCUUCUUCAUCUGUCUCUCUCUCUUUAGGACACGAAGCAGUUCGACCCGUUCCAGGAGUGGACAGAUGGUUAUGUCCGUUUCAUCUACAGCGGUGAGAGACGUUCAGAUGUUUCUUCUACUGAAGGUAGAGCGAGCAGAAAUCUAAAUAUGAGGCCACAGAUAGAUACGCUCUCAUAGGUGGAGCUACGGUGGCCUUGAGGACACAAAACAAACAGGUUCUCUGUAAGAUCCAAGACUGUAAGAAAACACAGAGUUACUUUAAGAAAUUUACCGUCCGGUUAAAUCGAAGUCAUGAGAGAAAAUGGCCGCUCCAUUAGCUGUGUGAACUAAAACAUGAACUUGAAGCUCUAACGAGUUUGUUUUUGUCGUCCAGGUGAGGAUAAGAACGCUCAGAGACACCUGUCCGGCUGGGCGAUGAGGAACACAAACAACCAUAACUGUCAGAUCCUGAAGAAGUCGUGUUUGGGCGUGGUGGUUUGUUCUCGAGGCUGCACGCUGCCCGACGGCUCCAGACUGCAGCUCCGCCCCGCCAUCUGCGACAAAGCGCGGCAGAAACAGCAGAGUAAGAAAGUAACACACCUGAACAUGAAUGUCACACCUGAGCCCGCGCUCACCUGUCCGCUCCGCGUUUCAGAGAAGCUGUGCCCGAGCUGUAACGCCCCGCUGGAGCUGCUGCCGUGUCGGGGUCACAGCGGGUACCCCGUCACCAACUUCUGGAGGGUGGACGGGAAGGCCAUCUUCUUCCAGGUGAGCGUCUUCACCUUCAUCGACAAUGAGCUUCAUGUCUGAACCACAUAGAGUGAGCUAAAAGAGCCUUUAGACCAGAUCCAGGUAGUCUGACGUUAUCUCGCCCGAUCUCGACCCCUCAGAGCCGAUAUCAAAACUCCCAUUUUAGAAAAAGUCGUGUCAGAACAGCUGAUAUCGUUCAUGGAGCAGCAUGAUCUCUACGAGAUGUUUCAAUCAGGUUUACGGAAAAUGUCCUCCACUGAAACUGCUCUGGUGAAAGUUUUGAGUGAUGCGAUGAUGGCGACAGACUCGGGUCGCGCCACAGUCUUUGUCUGCUUUUGAUACGGCAGGGUUCUGUUCUUGGGCCCGUUUUAUUUUUGUUAUUCCUGACGCCGCUCGGCCAGCUGGUUCACGGUUUUAAAAAUGUGUCCGUUCACUUUUACGCUGACGACAUUCAGUUGUAUUUCAUGACUCAGAGUUUCACCUUUUAUCUGGAUUUGUGGAUUGUGUGUCGCUCGCAUUAAAAACUGUCUCUCUUCAAAUUACCCGAUGAAAAAAUCGCCUUCAUCAAAAACCAUCUUGGAGCUCUGGGCCUCAGAAAACCUUGGGGUUGUUUUUGAACGAGUCCUGUCUUUAGAGGGUCAACAAAAUAUCUCUAAAGUGAGGAGAACGUUGUCCAAACCAGAUCUUGACUUAAUCGUUCAUGCGUUUAUCUGAUCCCGUAUUGAUUAUUGUAAUUCUCUGUUCAUCUGUUUUAAUAAGGCGGCGAUAAAGAGACUUCAGUUUGUCCAAAAAUCAGCCGCCAGACUUCUGACGGACACGCCCAAAUCUGCUCACAUCACCCCGUCUUAUCACGUCUUCAUUGGCUAACGGUCAAUUUUCGUAUUAACUUUAAAAUCUUAGUCCUGACUUUCCGGGCGCUUCAUGGUCAGACCCCCUAAUAUAUCACAGAUAUGUUGUGCCCCUACUCCCCCUACUCGUCAGGCCAGAACCCCCUAACGGUGCCUAAGAUCUGCUCCAGCCUCAGACUCUGGAACGAUCCGCCCCUCUCCCUCCGUUUGAUCGACUCAGUGGAAACUUUUAAAAAUCAGUUCAGACUCAUGAGUUUGUCCAUUAAGGUCUCAAUGGUUUAAUCCGGUCUAAACUAAAACCUGGACUCGUAGGUCCAGGGAUGAUUAAGGUUGAUCAGAUCUGGACCUGGUUCCUGGAGUGAAACAGGAUUUAGAUCAGACCCUGACUUUGGUCUGUUGGUUCAUUCUCGUCCUUUUGGUCCUGCAGGCGAAAGGAGUCCACGAUCAUCCCAGACCAGAAUCCAAGUCUGAAACUGAGGCCAGGAGGAGUUCAGUGAAGAGACGAGUCAGCUCGCCACCGUUCACGCCAAAGAGACGUCUCAUCGAAACCCCAGUCAGAACCAGCCAAUCAGCUGUUAGCUCUUGUUUUCUAUUGUUUGUUUGUUUGUUUGUUUGUUUGUUUGUUUACCUGUUGUUUACUCUUCCAGGCUCUUGGCCCCGCCCUCCUUUCCUGCGUCGAUCCCUCAGACAGGAUCUCCUUCAUUGAGCCUAAUUUCCCUCAGCAUUACCCAUCAUUCCAGAGCCCCGAGCCCUACUACAACCCCCACAAUCCUCUGGGAGAAGCCCCACCCACCCUCCAGAAACCAGCCAAUCCUAGGCUUUACAUGAGCCGACCUGGUUAUGAGUUCCAAGGGUACCUGACCUCGCCCUCAUACCCCAUGACCUCAGACUUCUGUGACCCGAGGUAGGUCUCAGAUGUUCUCGCAGCAGACCCGGUCUCAGGUUGUGCGGAUGUUAAUUCCGGGUUCUGUAUGUUUGCAGGGUGACCCCAGUCCUGGGCUCCUCCUCUUCCUCCUCAUCAUCUUCAGCUCCUCUCUCCUCCUCCUCCUCCUUCGAUCCUCAGACGAAGCCUCCUUCUGGUUGGAAGGAGCUGCUGAAGAGCUCCGCCCCCUAUGGAGACAACCACCACUAUUACAGUACAGAGUACCCCUGCCGUUACCCCAGCAACGCUCCAGGGUCACCUGCGGCAUUGCAGACCAUCAUCACUACGACAACAAAGGUGAGCCCAGGUCCACAGGAGGAUCCGGAUCAUCAGUAGGUUGAUUAGUUAUGGUCGUUUAGGGGGGCGGGGCUUAAACAUUGGUGUACCUGUCAUAUUAACAGCUGUUCCCACCCUCCUCAGGUUUCCUAUCAGCCCUGUGGUCCACCCAAACCCCCCCUACAUAACUGCUCCUCCCUGCUGGAUGACCCCCCCUCCUCCUCGUACUCCACGGAGGUGAAGGUGACGGAGGAGUCGGGCGGAGUCAUCAAGUCUCUGUCGUUUCCGCCCGACACACUGCAGACCAAAACAGAGCGGACUGACGGCUACGACUACCGCUACGCCUCCUACCCUAACGCCUACCGCUACGAUGACUACUGAGUAGGUUACACCUACCGCUGUUACCAUGACUACUGUUGUCAUGACUACGCCUACUGUUACAGUUACUACAGAAGACGCACUAACACUAUCGCCAUCGUUGCUUCCAUCGUGACUGUUAGCAAAAACGGAGCGGCGCCUGUGAGCUAGUUCAGGCAGGCAGCUCAAAUCUGUGCUCCUACAUUUAGCCCCACCCCCUCUCAGCAUCCUGGAGACUCUCACCCGGGUUUAGGAUAUGAUCUCACAACUCCUCGUAUUUCAGCGUGUAAAAAAAACCCGUGAGGAGAAAUGAGGGCGGAGCUUAAACGCCGAAUCCAACCAGUGUUCUUCUUCUCCUGCUGAUAACAUUUCAAACGUUUGCUGCCUGACUGAAACACUCCGACUACAACCAACAGCAACGCUGUUACCAUGACGACACCUACACCUAACACUGCUGUGCUGAGCUCUGGGGCAGCACUACCCUCACUGUUGUUACCAUGGCUACUGUUGCUACAACUACUGGCACCAAAGAUCAACUGCUGCAAAGGCGACUUUAGCAGAGCAACCCGUUACCAUGACUACAACGACUGCGACGAAAGCUGUUACUGCUCCUACCUCUAAGCCCAUCCCAGGAGGACCGUUUCAGGACUACCAAGGCAACCGUCACCAUGACCACUGUUACUACAGUUACUAUGACAACAGCUUCUACCAUCAUCAUCAUCAGGAUGAGGCUCAGAUUGGACUUUCUCCAGGCUUCUAAAGGACCAUCCUUCAGCUCCCGGUUGCAGUGGCGCCCCCUUCAGGACUUAAAGAGCUGACUGUGGUCACACUUCUUAACAAGAUUCUAGUCUGGAUCUUUAAAGACCUGGACGCAGAUCCUGAGAUCCUUGACAGCGUGGUGUCUGGAGACUUCUGCUUGGUCUGACAGUCAAGAUUGGGGACAGGUCUUAAAGGUGUCUCUCGGUGUCACUCCCCCUCUGUUGUGCAGAUGCAGCUCUGAAAAUAAGGAUAUUGAGAUUCAUUUUAUAUUUAAAUUUUAAAAAGUGAACUUGUGUGCAUUCUUGCAUGUAAAGGAAAGUAAUUUUUUUUUUUUAAAUUAGGAUAAUUCUGGCUCAUGGCUGUUUUUUAAAGUUCAUUUUCUCGUAUUUAAGAACAUUUCCAAAGAUCAACCAAAAACAUGUUUAAGAAACAGCGAAAUCCUGAAAAGUAGGUUCAUUUGUAAACUUGUUCUGGUUUUACUUCUCUGUGCAGUAGUCCAGUUCUUUCUCUUCUUUGUCCAAGUGAGACUCAUUUGACCUUGUCUCCAAAAUCGUCGUCUUCACCAGGAUCUUGGUUGUGGGUACUGGACUUGACUUAUGCUGCCUUUAAGUAACCUCGGGAGUCAGACAUCGGAGCUGAAAAUGACGUCACACCCGAGUUCCCAGCGUUUCAGUUACUAAGUCGGA